AUGCUGCGAGCGGGCAGGCCCUCGAUCGCGGCCAACACGGGCGAUCCUCCAGCUGAGGACGCGGUGACCAUGGGGGCGUCUGAAGACAAUCUGCAUGGGGGUGGCCUUCCCCCGCUGGACGGCUGCUCAGGAACAACAGGUCUUGGUGGACGAGCACUCUACGAUGGAAAAACCACAACGCGUAGGAUGCCUGCCUUCCCCAAUGGCAGGGAACGUCGGCGGCUCCAUGCACACAACAUCCUCUCCAUUGUUUUCUUUCUAAUGGGCUGCCUCAUGAUGGUGAUGAGCAACUACAGGUCUGCGGACAAGAGAGUGGUUUGUGGCCAAGCAGUGGUCCGCAGUGAUGCGCACACCAGUAGUGACUUGCUGCAGGUACAGAAGGUGUUUGGUGGGGCGAAAUUGUCAGCACAACACCAGGUUGAAUUUGUUGUGGCAGGUCAUUAUGUGCAUCUCCGCGAUGCACUGAAGGUGGACCUGCCCAUCGCUCCAGACGAGAUUGCAUACCACAAAAAGGCCUCCAGUGGUGACUCCUCGAUGGAUGCAACAAACGCAUCCAUGCUUCUGCCUAUCCGGGAGCCUGAUGAUCUGAAUGAGUCUGGCGAUAUUACAGACAAUGAAGUGCGAAUGUUCAUUGGGAUUACCAGCGACUGUUGCAGCGACCUGGCCGUGGAAAAACGCAACGCCAUAAGAGAAAGCUGGAAGCAGAAAAUUGAAAGCGAGCACCCAGGAGUAGAUAUCAAGUUUGUGCUGAGCCAACCAGGGCAUGAUAGAUAUGACAAAGUCUUGAAGUCUCUGGAGGAAGAACUCGCUCACCAUGAUGACAUGAUAUUUGUGAGGGGGCUGGAUACAUAUGGCAACUUGAAGUUCAAGGUUUUUGGAUUGUUCAAGUAUGCUUCCAGCAGCCCCCGGCAAUACACGCACGUUCUCAAGACAGAUGACGACUGCUAUGUCCGAAUGCCUCUGCUGCUUGAGGCCAUAAAGGGAGGAGACGGCAAAGUAAUUACAGAGAACUUGUACACGGGGUGUCAGGAGAGCUCCAUCGGUUUCAAAUUCAUCAGAGAUCCGAAAAGCAAGUGGUUCAUGUCAUAUGAGGAAUUCCCAGACCACGUUGAGAAACAGCUGGAUGGGCUCAAGUACCUGGCAGGCUGGGGCUACGUCAUGUCCCGAGAUGUCAUGCUCUACGUCGUGUGGAAAUGGCUCUCCUUUCGAGCACACCCUGAAGAAGCCCCCCCCUGGUUUUCGCGCUUCCAGUGGGAGGACGUCAUUAUGGGGUAUCUCGUUCAGCAGAAAGGCGUGAAAAUGAAGGAGAAUGACGCUUUCAAGGCGGCCUGGCGAUCCUGCACCAACAAUACAGCGGUGCGCCACUUGGACAUCGACGCGCCGUCCCUGGUGAAGGGUCUGUACGAGCAAGAGGUGUCCCAGGUGUGGGCCAAGAAGACGGUGCAGUGCAGCUCCCUGGCAUUCAAGCCUGGAGACUAUGACGACUGGCGGGCUGUGCGGAACAAGGUGCUGCCAGCGGGCACCCACGUGUAG